AUGUCGCGGACUGCUGCCGUUCCGCCGCCGGGAUCCUCGGCGGACGAGCCUUCCGCGGUUCCGACACUCCGUGUGAUGCGCCUCCAGAGUCCGGCACUGCACAAUCCCGCGGCGGGUUCGCUCGACAACCAAGCUGCGUUGCACAACUCUCUCUGUCUACCCGAAUCGUUGGGAGUGUACGUGGGAGAAACCUUCACGGCAUAUUUGGGCGUGUUGAACACCUCGACACGCCAGUCUAUUCGGCGUUUGACGGUCCUGGCACAGUUGCAGACGCCUUCCAACCGAUGGCAACUCCCGUCUCUAUUAGAAAAAGGGGUCGACGUCAAUCCCGCCAACGGGGUGGACGCCAUUGUCGCACACGCUAUUGAGGAGCCCGGACAACACAUUUUGCGCGUGGAAGUGGGCUACCGCACGAACGAUGGAGGGCUGCAAACCUUUCGCAAAUUCUACCGCUUUCAGGUAGUCAAUCCCUUGACGAUCCAGCAAACGACGACCCGCAUGGGUGACAGUCAAUGUCUCGUUUCUCUAUCGGUAACAUACAACAAGACUGCGGACGCGACCGGGCCUCUGGUGAUUGCCAACGCCGCGUUUCGGCCGGUGGACGGUUUGGUCGCGCGACUUCUGGAUGGACACGUCUCGGAGUCAACCCCCGACGCCAAAAUGUCCGCCUUGCAGCUCCUGGAUAAGUCUGGUCUCCUCCAACCGGGAUCAAUUGUACGGUACCUGUUCCAGAUUGAAGCCACUUCGAGAGAAGCCGUGCUGAAAGGAAUCGCCGCCGGCGAUUUACUUGGCCAGGCCGUCCUGACCUGGCGCAAGGCCAUGGGUGAAACGGGUCAAAUCUACUCCGCCAGCAUUUACUGUCCACCAGUCCAACCCGAUCAGGAACAUUUUGUAACGCACCGAUCGGGUCUUUCCGUAGACGUGGCGGCGGCUGCCGCCCAGCGCGCGCAGAGUACGCCGAGCGCCGUCGACCAGACUUUAUUGACCAACCGAUUUCCGGUCACGGUCGAACCGAUCGAUCCGCCUCGUCGAAUGCUACCAAACGUACCCACACGUGUCCAAUUUCUUGUCGUCAAUCACUCCCAACAGGCCAUGACCUUACAGUUGCAAAUGCGAGUAGCCGAUAUGCAGCAAGGUUUGGUAGCUUGCGGUACCACCUUUACCAACUUGGGUGUGGUCCAACCCGACGGGGGAUCCAAAGUCGCCACGACUCGCCUGGUAGCCCUGGAGACUGGAUUGUGGCGAGUGCAAGGAUGCGUCGUCGUGGAUCUAGCGUCUGGCCGGGAGAUUCCGCAACCGCCACUCUUUUCCGUUAUGGUCGUAGGGGAAACGGAUCCCUCCGAUAACGACAACACCCAAAUCUGUCGGCAAUGA